GUGAAGUUCAAACAGCGGCUCCGUGUUUGUUUUUCUUUCACAAAUGGAGGUUGAAAACAUCAACAAACACAUGGAAUACAUAGAAUACGCACAAUGGAAGUACAGAAACGGGAGCUCGAGAGCCUGCUCAGGGGGAAGGACUCCCAGACGGUUGCACUGGACGUCCUGGAGCACGAGUAUGUGAAGACAUACGAGGAGCUUAUCGAUACGCUGGACACGCUAAUGGAGUACGAAACCUGUAGAACCACGCGGGACAUAAAUAUAAGCAGAGAAGAUAUUCUACACGACUACACGGGAGAGGGUGAUGUAAGCUCCUUAGCUAAUACAUUAGAGUAUGAGCGUGGAAUCCAAAGAAUCCGAAAACUAGUUGUUGAAACUGGCCAUAGAACCAUUCCAAUCUUACGGGCUGUACACCAAGUGGAUGGUAUUCCUCAAAGGGAGUCAUCGUUGGCUGAUAUGUUAGACAACCGUGAUCAGAUGUUCAUCGAGAUCAUCAAGUUGAGCAAUGCUGUCAAGAAGAAGCAAGAAGAGCUCUUUGCACUUGAAAGAGACAACGAAAGACUGCUGGCUGAAUCCACGUUACUCUCCACAGUGUCGAGAAGUGACAAGGAUGAUCAGAAUGGUGAGACCAAAGACAAUAGUGAAAUGCUCAGACAAGAGCUCGAAACAGCGAUUGAUAAAUCAACGAGGUAUGCUGAACAAAUCCAGCGGGUAAUCUUCGAAGAAGGAUUGGACUGGUAUAACGAUAAAGAUCUACUAGAUGUAGUGGAGCUGUGUGGUUCCAUAACCCAAUUGUAAUUGUAUAUGUACAUGAAAUAUCUUU